UUUUAAAACCUGAUAAGCUUUAACAUGACUCCCUACAGACCCUUAUUUUACAUUCUGUUUUUUGUGAUAUAUUUAUCCCUAGUUGCCACCGCAAAAGAAGGCUGUGGACCUCAUUAUUGCGAUACUUUAAAGCCACAAUGUGCAGUUCCAAAAUGUACAGCGAAUCAGAUACUGGUAUUAAAAAAUCCCCAAUUAUGCAGAUGCUGUCCUCAAUGUUACACCAUCAAAGGUGAAGGUGAACCAUGUAGGGAAGAAAGUUAUACAGUUUGUGGCUCUAAUUUGAAGUGUAUUAGAAAAGUUUGCGUAAAAACAUGAUUUGAAUAAUGUAGAUCUACUGAUGUACCCUAAAAUAUUGUAUUUGAUAUAAAAGUAAAUAAAAUAUGUAUAAAUUCAA